UAGCAACUUCCUUUGUCGCGUAAGCUUUCUCGAAACAAACAAUGGCAUCACAACUUCUCUACCUUAUCCUAGCUCUUCCCAUCAUAAUUGUUCUCCUCGUGUUGCUUCACCGAAAGCACAGGCAAACCCGAGGCUCUCAUCUCCCACCUGGCCCUCCAGGUCUCCCGUUGAUAGGCAACUUGUUCGAUAUCGAUUCCUCUGCUCUUCAUCGCUCGCUAUGGCAGCUCUCUCGGGUAUAUGGAAGUUUAAUGUCGUUGAAACUAGGAUGCACUCGAGUUCUGGUGGUUUCCUCGGCCAGAAUGGCUGAGGAAGUCAUGAAAACUCAGGACCUUGUAUUUUGCAGCAGACCAUCUCUCACCGGUCCAAAUCACUUGCCCUACGACCAUCAGGAUGUAUCAUUUGCCUCCUAUGAUGCUUACUGGAGGAAGAUCAGAAAAAUAUGUGUCGUCCACCUCUUCAAUUCGAACAGGGUUCAAAGCUUCCCUCCAAUUAGAGAAGGAGAGGUUUCUCGGAUGAUUGAGAGGAUAUCCACAUCUUCGCUGGUUCCAACCCUUUCGACUUGUCCGAAUCCAUGUUGUUCGUGACGAGUACAAUUAUUUAUCAAACCGCUUUCGGCACGAGUUUGGAGGGAAAUCAUGGAGCUGGUCUAAGGAGCAAACUCGAGAUGAUGCUUAGAGAAUCUGAGCCCAUGUUUACUGCCUUCUUUUUCUCUGACCAUUUUCCAUUCUUGGGAUUUCUCGAUAGAUUUCUAGGUAUGAUGAGUCGGCUCGAGAAGAAUUGUAAGGAGCUGGAUACUUUCUACCAAGAUAUCAUCGAUCAACAUCUUGACGCAAAACGAGCAGAAUCGGAGCAUAAGGACGUUCUAGAUGUUCUUCUUGGGGUUAAGGAAGAACCCUACAAAGUCCAACUCACAUUUGACCACAUCAAAGCAAUUCUCAUGGACAUAUUUAUAGCGGGAACAGACACAAGUGCAGCUACAGUAUGGGCAAUGACGUACCUAAUGAAGAACCCAACAGCAUCGAGGAAAUCUCAAGAAGAAGUACGAGAAGCUAUAGAGAAGACAGGCUUUGUAAAAGAAGAAGAUAUUGAACAACUACCCUACCUUAAAGCUGUCGUCAAAGAAACCAUGAGACUGCAACCUGCAGCUCCACUGUUGCUUCCAAGGGAAUCCAGUCAAGACUGCAACUUAGAAGGGUUCAAAAUACCGGCGAAAACUACGGUUUAUAUCAAUGCCUGGGUAAUCGGAAGAGAUCCUGAAGCCUGGGGAGAGAACCUAGAGGAGUUCAAGCCGGAGCGAUUCAUGCAUACAUCCAUCGAUCUGAAAGGCAGGCAUUUUGCGCUGAUACCAUUCGGAGCUUGGAGAAGGAUGUGUCCAGGAAUUAAUAUGUGGCUCGUGACUGUGGAGCUCUGUUUGGCCAACCUGCUUUAUGCUUUCAACUGGGAAACGCCGGUUGGAACGAAGAGUGAAGAUUUGGACAUGGAGGUUUUACCUGGUGUUACCAUGCAUAAGAAGAAUGCUCUGUGUCUUAUGGCUAGAAUGUAUGCGAGUAAUGGAAUUGCCAAGUGUUGUAUAAUUCCCUUCAUUAUGAAACCAUUACGAAUAAUUCGGUAUUUCUGCACCAAUAUAUCAAUGUAA